AUGCUUUCAAAGGGUGCGUCAAGGGCAGAGUUGUCCUCUGUGAAAAAAUCAAAGAACGGAACAACACCAUUGCAAGGACAUUCUUUUGUUUCGGCAGAUUCGUCUACUUUCUUUAUUUUGGGUGGAAGAACUCAUAGCACUACCAAAGGUUUACGAAAUAUUCUCUCCGAAACAAUUAAAUGUUCAUUAAAGGAUGGCUCAAUUAGAUCCAUUGAAAAAUUUACGAGUUUGGAUGUUCCAAGACAUAAUCAUACUUCUCUCUUUUUUGAAUGCAUUAAUUCAAUUGUUACAUUUGGUGGAAGUAAUACCACUAGUUACUUGAAUAGUAUUUUUGUAAUGAAUGUAAACAAUCAAAAGGACAGUAAGGUUAUCAAUGUAUCUAAAACUAUGGCUUGGCCAAAGGUUAGACAUGGACACACCGCAAAUAUUUACAAAAAAGAUCAAAUGAUCGUUUUUGGAGGAAAAAAAGAUUUUGGAACUGCUGCCAAUUCCUAUCUCAACGAUUUGUGGAGUUUCAAUGUUACAACCAAUGAGUGGGAGGAAAUUAAGAGUUUGAAUUCUGCUCCUAGAGAACGUUGUUGGCAUAGUUCAGUGAUUUAUAAGGAUAGAUUCUUGUUGGUGAGUGGAGGGUUCUUCACAGUUGACAGGUCAGAAUUUUAUCUGAAUGACUUGUGGAGUUUUGAUAUGGAAACCAAAUUGUGGACCUGCCUAAUUGAAAAUAACGAUAGCAAAUCAUGUAUAGUUAAACAAAGAAAUAGAAGUGGAAUGGUUUUGAGUCAAACACAGGAUGCUUUGAUUAUCAUGUUUGGCAAUUAUUUUGAUGGAAAGAGAAAUUCAUUUUGGAAUGAUGCUUUCUAUGUGAAAAAUUUGGAUGAUAUUCUGUACAGCAAUAAUUUAGAAAAGUGUUACUGGACCAAGUUGGAAAUUCAGGCCAGUGAUGAUGCCUCAAACACCUUCUUGAAAGAAGGAAGAGCGCACAUGACAGCUGUAUUGUUAUCGAAUGAAGAAACAACUCAAGUUCUCUUAUUUGGAGGAGAAUCCAAAAAGCAAAGACAUGAUACCUUCUUCAAGCUUGAAAUUCCACAAUUAUAA